UCCAAACACUUGUCUUUACUUUGACAGUUGACCUCACACACCUUCGUACACGCACAAACAUAAUUCUUAUAAAAGCCACUCACCAUCAUUCCCAACUUAUUCAAACCCACAAGUCUCUCUUACUUGAGUAGCAUUCAUAUUCUUUAGUUCUUUACUUUCAUUCACAAAAAAAAAAAAAAAAAAAAAAAAAAAAAAGACAAUCAUUAACCAUUAAUCAUGACUUUCAUGAUACCAGAAUUCAUCCAAUACUUUUUUUCCCAUAUAAUGCUUAACAUGAUCAUCUACCCACAAUUCUUGGAUCAUUCCAAGAUUCAUGUUCAACACAAGAACCAAGAAACGAAACUGUCUAAACGAUUACCUUCGUCGAAAGACCGAAUUAUACAGGGCGAUGAAGUGGAAAUGGUGAUGGGGAAUCUGGGAAUCCUUUGCAAUUUUGACGGUGAUUACUUUUCGAAAAAUUUAAAUUCUGAAGAUCUUUUGAACAUGUUUGAGGAAGAACAGCCGAGAUUGGAUGAAGUGAAGGAAGCGUUUGACGUGUUCGAUGAGAAUAAAGAUGGGUUUAUCGAUGCAAGAGAGUUGCAGCGAGUUCUAUCCGCUUUGGGAUUGAAGGAUAAAACAGACAUUGAUGACUGCAAGAAGAUGAUUAAAGUGUUUGAUGAUAACAAAGAUGGUAGGAUAGAUUUUGAUGAGUUUAUAAAGUUUAUGGAAGGCACAUUCUAAAUUCAUAUUCUAAGUUUUUCCUAUAUUUAUAUAAUUUUUUAAAGUGUGAUAAAUCAUUCUUUUACAAUGA